AAUGAACACCCAACAUCUGCACAUUCACAAACAACCAAGGUAGAGUCGGAAUCAGUGCAUGAGCAAUUGAACGCAACGAGUGCAUAUCCAGUCGUCUCUGUAUGCCCUCGCAAGACACUCCGAGUCCACCAUGAACGUUGUGGGAAGCAACAUGGUGAAGACUAGAUUGGAGGAUGAUGAUGGUCGUUUCUUUUUCAAGACUUUCCCCCUGACUACCAGCCGAGCCAAGAAGUCGCGUGCAUCGGACGAGGGCACCGGGAAUGUUACCGCCGAUGGUGUGCCGUCGCCGGCCAUCACCCGGAGCAAGCGGUGGGCCCCGGUGUCCGGCUCGGCCAACGUUGACUACAAGUACAAGCUGGACACACAGAAUCCUGUAACGGCAUACCAGUUUGUGUGCCUGUGCCAGCCGCCUUUCAGCAACGGCGACGACGAGGAUGAUGACGAGGACGACGAGGAAGAAGAAGAAGACGAGGAUGCGGACAAGGAGAACGGACCAGCCGAGCCCGACGGUGACGAACAGGGCGAGAAGGAAAAGCGGCCGAAGUGCGACGGCGGCAAGACGUGCCUGUGCGACAAGCCGGCCGAGCUGCACCCCGACCACAUGUGGGAGAUGUCGCGCGCCGGCAAGAUCAAGUUCUUCUUGCAGCGGACCAACUUCGCGCUGCGGGAUCCGGACAACUUCAACAUGUAUACCUUCAACGACCACGCCGGGUACGGCGUGCUGGAGAUGCUGCAGAACCUCAUUCUCGACUUUGAGGAGGCCACAAGCAACUACAAAGAGCAGUGGGCCGUCUGCGAGGCACUCGCCUUCUUUCUCCAGGUGGACGUUGCAGGCGCUCUCAUUGGACGUCUUUGCAUGUCUAUGCUGGCCCUGCUCGAGCGAGAUAAGCUUCUUGCCAAGGACUCCGAGAUCAAAAAUCUGGGUCUGAUCAUGGCACUUUUCAUGACAUUCGCGUGCGAUGGGAGACCGUACGGUCUGCUGGAGGAGAGCAAGCAAGAGUCCCUGGGCCCGGCAAAGGACAAGAAGUGGGAGCCGCACGCUUUCGAUAGUAAUUUCCUCGCUUACGCUCGCAAGUACGGCAUCGAUCUGGCCGGGCCGCACGAUAUCCGCAAUACCAUUAAGGAAGCUGAGGCGGACGCAGACCUGCCCAACCCCGCGUCCAAUACGGGCAGCGCGGAUCCGUUCUCCUUCGCCAAGGAGCUGAAGAAGUACAAAAAAGAGCGGGGAGGCGUCACCGCCUUCUUAGCCGGCUCCGCCGGAAGCCGUGCCAAAGUACCUAUCGGCGGCGACAGUCUCGACAUCACGACCUGGACCAGCGCUGAGCGCAAGAAGGCGGCCUAUGACAAGAAGGACCCGCUCGGCAAGAAGGAUAUCUAUACCAUCAAAGAAGGCCUGAUUAUGGACCUUGCAUAA